AUUUGAGAAUAUUGGUAAAAGCAAACAGCUAUGAAUGCGGCUAAGCGAGUGCUAUCGCCCAGCAAGGUCGAAAAUCUGCCGGCACAAGGCAAAAGGUACAAAAAGCAAAUCGAUCUCGAUACUCAAACGCCGCCGCAGCCCCAAGAACAGGAAAAUUAUGAUUUUCUGCUGGACGACGACGAGGAUUUCGAUGUGAGUGCCUUGGAUGCAGCUGUGAGCGCAAAUCCUCGCCUAGAGCUGAGCGGCUGGCAACGCUGUGUGGUGCGCCAUGUGGAGCGUUUGCCCAAAACGCAUGAUUUGCUCCUGGAACUGAGCGGCGAGGAGGAGGAAGCUGGAAAAGCUGUUUGCCAUUUGCAGGCACCCUGGAACCAGACACCCAUCCAGACUGGUGAUCUGCUCUCGCUACAGGCGCACUGGCAACCCACACUGGCUGCCUAUGCGAUCAACAAGGAGCAUGGCUAUUGUGUGAUACAUCCGGAUCUUUUGAUUUCCAGCACUUCAGUCACCGGCUCUCUUUUCUGCCGGCGCAAAGCGGUGCUGCAGGAUCGUUUUCGCGGCGUGGACUCGGCUAAUGCGGUCAUGAUCAUAGGCACCCUGGUGCAUGAGCUGCUGCAAACGGUGCUCGCACAGCGAUUGCGUCGCAAGCCACAGAUUGAGGAUGCACUGCAGGGAAUGCUGCACAGCGCUCAGCUCGCUCAGCAGUUGUAUGCCGCACAGCUGAGUCGUGCCGAGAUCGAGCUGCAAUUGCAUAAAUUUGUGGAACCUAUUGUUGCCUUUAUUGCACAGUAUUUGGAGGGUGAAUCUCCAGCCGUACAGCUGCCGGAAACGUUCGCUGGUCGCAUUGAACAGAUACAGGAUAUUGAGGAGAAUCUGUGGGUGCCGCAAAUGGGACUCAAGGGCAAAGUGGAUGUGUCCGUACGUGUGCGCAACAAGAAGCAUCCAAUUCCGCUUGAGUUGAAAACAGGACGCGCCAGCUUCUCUAUGGAGCACAAGGGCCAAUUGUUGCUGUAUCAGUUGAUGCACUCGGCGCUUGGCCAGGAGACGAGAAGCGGCCUGCUGCUCUAUCUGCGUGAGGGCAUCAUGCGUGAGGUGCGCGAGGGUCGCAACGAGCAGCGUGAUCUCAUCCUGCUGCGCAACGAACUGGCGCAUUAUCUAACACGCGACGCUCAGCUGCCAGCGACUGGACAAGAAUCGGUGUCACUUUCGCUGCCCGAGCAGCCCGGCAAACUGCUGCAGCCGUUUGAACUGCCUGAACCCAUCUCACAUCACAGUGCGUGCGGCAAUUGUGCCUAUGCCACACUCUGUUGCAGCUUUGCCAGCACCGAUCCUCAGCUGGAGCUAAGUGAAUCGCAUCCGUUGCGCCGCCUAAUGCCGCAAGUCUUAUCGCAUCUUGGCCAGCCAGAUAAUGAGUAUGUGCUGCACUGGUGCGGCCUUCUAGCUCUCGAGGAGCAACAGGCGCGUCAGUCGCAUCAGCUGCGUUCGCUUUGGACUGAAACGCCUGCGAGGCGCCAGCAGCAGGGACGCGCCAUUCAUCAGCUGGAGCUGCCCACGGGGCAUAAGGCCCGCUUCCAGGAUGGACGCUUCGAGCACAAGUUGGUGCUAUCAGCACAGGCAGAUAAGGAUUUCAAUCUAAAUCUCAGCGGCUUUGAGCUGGGAGAAUAUGUAACCGUUAGCUGCACUUCACGUCUGGCCAUUGCCGCUGGCUACAUAACGAGAUUGGAGACGCGCAGCUUGUGCGUGCAGCUGGAGCGUGAUCUUGGCCAGCGUUAUACAGACGAGAGCUUCAUUGUGGACAAGCAUGAGUCGCAAAGCUUUGCCAGCUUUAAUUACACUAAUCUGGCGCUGCUGCUAGAGGCCAGUGAAAAAUCCGCUGAGUUGCGUUCCAUCGUGGUGGCAAGGACACCGCCAAAGCAGCACAAAGUUGUGCCACGCAUUAUUGGAAGCAAGGGCGGACCCAUGCUGCGUCCGCUGAACAAGGUGCAACAGCUGGCCGCUUUGAGAGCGCUCACCACGAGCACACAUCUCUUGAUUAAGGGUCUGCCGGGAACAGGCAAAACCCAAACACUGGUGGCCAUUGUGCGACUGCUGCAUUUGAUGGAGCGCAGUGUUUUAAUCACAGCGCAAACGCAUUCUGCUGUGGAUAAUCUGCUGUUGCGACUGCUGCCACAUAAUCUACCUAUGCUGCGACUGGGCAACAGUGCACGGAUUCAUCCGCAGUUGCUGGCAAUUAGCGAGGCCGAGCUUACCUCCAAUUGCGAAACGGUGGACCAAUUAACGCAAGUCCUGCACAAGCCGAGCAUUGUGGGCGUUACGUGUCUGGGCGCCGGACACGCUCUCUUCCAGCAGCGUCACUUUGACUAUUGCAUUGUGGACGAGGCGACACAAGUGCUGCAGCCGACAGUGUUGCGUGCGCUGAGUCACUGCACCCGCUUCAUACUCGUCGGCGAUCCGGAGCAGUUGCCACCGCUGGUGCGCAGUCGUGAGGCACGUCAGCGUGGCGCCGAUGAGACACUGUUCCAGCGUCUCGACUGUGAGGAGGCGACGGCGGUGCUAACACUCCAGUAUCGCAUGAAUCGCAGCAUCACUCGACUGGCCAAUGAGUUGACCUACGGCCAGGCGCUGCAGUGUGCCAGCAAGCAGGUGGAGAAUGCCAGGCUGCAAUUGGAACUGAUUAGCAAUAGCAAUAGCGCCUGGGUGCAGCGUGCGCUGCAAACACAUCUGGAGCAGGCUGUGCUGCUGCUGGACACUUCGGAUUGCUCACAGCGCUGCCUAGACUAUGCUGCAGCCAGCAAGCAGUUGGGCCAGACCGGCGACUCCAUUGAACAGCACUACGGUGAGGAUCGAAUAGUGCCGACCACUGCUCGCUCGCGUCGUCCGCCCAAAUAUACCAACUAUUGUGAGGCGGCGAUUGUUAUGCAUCUGCUGCAUCAAUUACUCGCUGCUGGCUAUGAUGCAAGACGCAUUGGCGUCAUUGCACCAUAUCGCGCUCAAGUGGAGCUGUUGCGCCAGCUGGGCAAAGAUCUAAACGGUGUCGAGUUCAACACGGUUGAUCAGUAUCAGGGUCGUGAUAAGAAUCUAAUCAUCUACAGCUGCACAAAAACGGGCAGCUCAACCGACUCCGCGGAACGGUCACGUGAGGCCGAAAUCCUCGAGGAUCAGCGUCGUCUCACGGUUGCCAUUACGCGUGCCAAGCACAAGCUAAUUCUUCUAGGCGAUGUCAGCUGCUUGCAACGCUACACGCCAUUCCAGCGCCUCUUCAAACAUAUUCCCGAUCGCUGUCGCUUGCAUUUGGCCGACGGUCGCAUGGGUUUUAGCUGGCAGACGCUGCUCGAUGAGCUCAACCAUGCUAAGAGAGGCGACUAAGUGAAAGAAGACAACUUUUUGGCUUGCCUCAUUAUCCCACUUUCAAAUAUAUGCAUGUUUUUAUUUAUAAUUUAUAAUGAU